AUGAUGGCAUCGCAGGGUGGCGAGCCGCCCGCCACGCCGACCAGGGCUCCGCCCAAGAACGAGUACGUCUACUCGGUGACGGCAGACCGUCGCGUGCCAUUCAUUCCAGACGGCAAGCUGCAGCGCGUCGGACUGCACGCCGGUGUUGAAAACAAUACCGCAAAAGACGUGAGUGGCGGCAAGUGGCAGAAGGUGGGCCAGUACGCGGCCCUCGCGCUAAGCUUGGGCGACGAAGGGACGGUCCAGAGACGGAUCCAGACGUCGGACGGCACCAUCUGGAUCGUCAGCCGGCGCCCGAUCGCUGGCAAAGCCAGCUCCAGCGUCGUUGUGCUCGGAGCCAGCGAGGACGACCAAAGCUUCAAGAUCAAGAUCGGUGCCGACGAGGUCCCGCCGUACCCGUCGCACGCAAGCCGCUACUGCCUCGAGACGGCCGACGGACCGCUCGGCGAGCUGCACGCGUUCCUCUGCGCCGCGGCCCCGCAGGAGCGCCACGAGGUGAUGUGCGCGCUUCUGCUGCGCCAGAACGAUGGUGGCGGCACCUUCUCCUUGAGCGCGCUGGAGGACGUUGUGAGAGCGAGGGUGGCCCAAUGGAAGGGCGGCCAGGCGGCGCUGCAGAAGCAAAAGCGCGAGGCGGAGAAGCGUGAGUCUGCGCUGAAGGACGAGGCGGAGGGCUUUCUCGACGAGGAGGAGCGGGCGAGAAUCAGGCUCGAGCUCAAACAGGCGACCAAAGAGUGCAAGGACCUCAGGGCGGCACUCGGCGCGGCGAAGGGCCUAUACGCGCCCAAGCUUUUCGGCGGUGCAGACCCGCCCUCUGAGCUCGCCGGCACGUCCUUUUGGGAGGCGCUGGUAUUUGUGACCGAGGUGGAGGACGCGAUGGAUGUGCCAGACGAGCGCGAGAAGAACGUGCGGGUCAUGUACGACGUUGUCCAGGGCAGCGGGCCCAACCCCGAGCCGCUGUCGCUGCCUGAUGCGCACGUCAUGCUUGCCAUUGGCCGCUCCGACGGGAUCUAUGAUGCGCUGAUCGUCUCCGCGGACCCGAAGAAGUUCUCCGGCAGCGCCCUCUUCGGCGCUCGCCUCCGCUGCUGCUCUGUGAGCCUCGACAACUACAUCGCCACGCCGGCCAAAUUCGAUGCGCGUUGCGUUGUGCUCUACACGGACCCGUUGCCGUCGCUCGCGGGCAAGUUUGAGGCUGCCAGGCUCGAGGCGAGGACGCCAUCGGUUUCAUUGGUCGAGACUACGCAGGACUCGUCGCCCGAAGUCGUGCUGCGCCGCAUCCUCGCGUGCUGCGUCGAGAAGGUCGACAUGAAGGCCGCCGUGCAGGCCCGCGUGUUCGAUGAUGUGGCGGCCGGCCGCCUGAGCAUCGAGGACGACUGGGCGGCGGGGGACCCGGUCGAGGACCCCCCGGAGAGCGGCGUGUGGAAGGUGACGGUGGUGGCGACGUACAAGGCGCCGCCGGUGCCGCAGGGCAUGGAGGAGGAGGUGGCGGCGCGCGGCCCGUCGUGGGAGCAGGCGAAGGUGGCGGAGGCGCUGCUGCGACGGACGCGUGCGAUGCUUGGCGGCGAGGCCUUCGACAAGUUCACCGACAUGCAGUUCCUCAUCCUCGUCCCUGCCUUCACCACGCUCAAGGCGCAGACCGCCUACCGCGUGCGGCGAGCGGGGCUAACCGAGCGGGGCAGCAACGACGACGAGUUCUCCAAGGUGAUCAUGCAUAGCUGCGGCGACUCGGCCAAGUACUUCGAAAAGUUCAAGGCCAAGGCGAUCAAGGACAACGGGACCACCCUCUUCGUCAUCAUUGCCGACGAGUGCCACUACUCGCCCACGCGGGGUGGCUACCAGUCGGUCUACGUCAACGACGCGAAGCUACUCGGCCUGCCGAACCUCGUCGUCCUCCUCAACUCGGCCACGCCGUUCAACUGCCUCACGCGCAAGUCGCGCAUCACGGGCCCCCUCACCUCGGACUCGUGGUGCGACCCUCUCUCGCUCGAGCCCGGCCACGAGGACCCCACGUCCAACAUCAUCCGCUGGCGCCCUGAUGGCCGCGGCCGCUACCGAGACAUCGACUUCUUCGUCAACUCCAUCGCCUUCUCCGUGCCUGAGGGCAAGCGCGAGCUGCGCCUUACCUACCAGGCGCCGCUCACGUGCAAGUACGACAAGAACGCGGCGCCCGGGGACAUUUAUGACACCGGUCGCUUCAGCUUCGUGGCGAAAUGCACCGCCGUGCAGGUCCUCCUCUGCGGGGGCGAGCACUCGGUGCUGCCACUGCUCGGUUUCUCCGACUCGCAGUUUGAGAGCGGCUACCUCAGCCUCCCACUCGUAGCGGCGAAUCCCGCCGACAUCGAUCGCGACCACCCGGUCGCUGCGCAACGCGUGCGCUCGGACACGAACUUCGCGGACAAGUUCGGCCGAUUCAAUGGGCGGUUUGGCACGCGCACGAAGCGGGCCAAGACGAAGUCUGUCGGAGAGCUCGUACCGCGAUUCGGGGGCAAGUCAAAGGGCCGCAAGGCGACGCAAGGCGGCGAGGCGAAACGCAUCGUCGUCCAAGACGGCCACCUGUUCAUGUGCGACUACCUCCUCUCGCUCGCCUACUAUGCCCUCCUGCGCGUCGGCGUCGGAUGGCACGAGCCAGGCGCUGCGAUGCUGCUCGGUCUCAACCAGUCUGAGCGACGCCUGACACAGGCCGAGUCCAUCGACGGGCUCUUUGGCGGCAGCAUCGUGCCAGUGCCAACGCUGAGCCCUGCAGACAAGGGAUCCCUCUUCCGUGCGCUGCUGCGCCGCCUGGCGGUGGGACAGCCCAAACUGCCAUGCUGCAACGGCAUGACGCUCGAGUGGUACGACAUGACGGCGCUGCUGGUCGACCACCUGUACGAGAAGGAGCUGGCGCGCGCGAAGAAGGAGAUAGAAGCGCUUCGCGAGGGUGGCGCUGAGGAGGAGGACAACGAGUCGGCGCCACCGCAGCCAGUCACCGAGGACGUCACUGAGGACGAGGCUCUGCGCUACAUAUUCAAGCAGAAGCUCGAUGGCGAGCGCAAGGCCAAGACGUCGACGGACGAGGAGAGCUGGUUCACCGAGACUGACCGCAACGUCCUCGCGCUGCUCGACCAGACGCGCAACGCGCGUGGCUGCCUGUGGGGGCAGAUGAUCCUGAUGCGCGUGUACGAGAACCAGGAGAACCUGACCAUGCAGACCGUGCUGCGCGACGCGCUCGAGAAGCUCGGCCUCGCGGCGCCAGGUGGCAGCGACGUGCGGGCGUUCUCAGUGCUUUCGGACAUCGCGGAGACGAUCUGGGGCGACCGCGACGGCGAGGUGUGCAAGCUUCCGGAAGGCUCGCCGCCGUUGACGCUGCAGGACAUCCUCAAUCGGAAGCUCGCCUCAUACCAGCGAGAGUCGGCGCAGGGCGUGCGCGCGCCCCGCGCCGAGCUGAGCUACGCCGACCUCCACAACGUGCCGAUGCUGCUCAUCGUGACCGAGAAGGCGCGCAUGGGCGACACCUUCCCACACUCGCUCGUGAGCCUCGACCUGCGCCUGCGCACGGCCGGCACGCUCGUCGCCUUCACGCAGGAGCUCGGCCGCAUGUGCCGCUACCCGGCGACGCGGCUGCUGCACGGCGCGACCAAGCCUCUUAGCGUGAGCGGAGUGCUCGCCGCGCUCGGUGCCGCCGACGCCAGGUCCGCCGCUGAGAUGGAGAUGGAUGACGGAGCUGAGACGCUGGUGGCGGAUGACAUCGAGGCGGUCCGAGCUGCGGCCGAAGCCAGGCGGCUGCUGGAGCUCGAGCUGCCGAUGAUGGUCGUGCUUGCCGGCGGCACCGACCAGGACAUCGUCGCGCACGUCCACUCGCUGCCCGAGCUCUGCGCGGAGCUGCGCAAGCUGCUCGACCCGCAGCUGCGCAAGCAGGACGACCCGCUCAACGGGAGCGUGGUCACGCACUUCGACCUGCACUGCUACUUCGACCGGCUGCCUCGCGCGAUCGUCCGGCAGGACGUGCAAAAGCUGCUGGUGGCGGGAAUCGAUGCCAAGCAGUCGAAGGCGCCGCAUUCGCGUGAGAUUACGGCGCUGCAAUGCGUGAAGAUGAAGGAGGGGCUCGACAUGUACAUGCGGCCGAUCAAAGGCAAGCUGUCGAACAAGGCGAUGCACGAUCGCAUCACCGAGGGGGCCAACCCGCUGCACGACUACCACGACAACUACGAGCCGACGACGGGCAAGGUGGACACCGGCGAGGGGAAGAAGCCGCCACACUACGACGCGGUCGACGAACCCCAGACGCAUGCGAAGCGCUUGCUGCUCUUCGCCGAGUGCCAGAUCGGCAAGACCGGCGCCUACCUCCACUUCCUCACGCGACUGACGGAGGAGGUGCGCGGCUCGAACCUUCCGUCGGUUUUCAUGUCGAAGAAGGGCAUCGACCAGCGGUGGAGCUGGUUCUUCCCGUACUGGGAGAACAUCGGGCGACAACGCCUCAAGUACGAAGAGCCAAAGGAGGGCCACUACUACCAGGCCGUGGCCAAGGGGCGGAUGUCGAAGCUGCAGGAGCUCGCUGUCGCGCCGCCGCCUGCGCCGCUUCGGACUUGGGCCGACGAGUACUGCGACUGGCUGCUGAGCCCGUCGGGCGAGUGCAUCGUGUCGAAGAAGGGCUGCGCUGCGGUCGAGGAACUGCGCGUUAAGCUCAAGCUGGCGGACGGGACGGCGAAGCAGAUGCCUGUUGACACAGCGACUCGCGCUGUCCGUGACGACGAGGGUGCAAGGGAGGCUGUGCGGCUCUGCGUCGACUGGGACGGGCGAAUGGCCCGCCUGCGCCAGCUGCACAAGGACUUCAGCGCGCUCCGGCAGCCAGGCUUGAACCCGGCCGCGUUGAUCUGGGACAAGCCGCCAACGCACCGCGGCGCCGCACGAGUCAUCGCGAAGCCAAAUGUCGUGCCCGCGGGGGGCGCCGUGCGCGCUCAGCACGCCGCGCCCCAACGCAAGCCUGGGGAUGACCGCUCGUCGGACGUUGUCGACGUCGCCGUGGGGGCCAAGCGGUUCGGCGGCGGCGCGGAGCUGCUCGAGCCCUUCACGUGCCGUCUGCACGUGCCAGGCUGGAUGAAGAACCGCCUGUGGACUGACGCACAACGCGUGAACAUCGCUGGCCUUGCCGUGCGGUGGAUGUUCACCUGCUCCUACGGGGGCGCGCAGAAGGUGACCGUCCGCUUGAACCGCGACUGUGCGAUGGCGCCGCUGAAGCGGGAGCAGUACGUCCAAGUGCUGAUGCUGCGACCGCGAGACGCGUCGCCAGCUGAUCGCGCAGCGUUCGACGAGUAUCUCCGUUGCUGGGGCUCGAUGUACAUCAUCGCGGAGAUGCCCUCGACGAUGCAAGUGCGGUACGCGCACGACGCGCCACCCCUCCAGCUGCAGGUCGAGGUAGGCCGCAUCGGCUACGCGCGCCUCGUCUGCCAGCUGCUCGCAAACGAGCUCGGGCUGGACGAGAUAUGGAUGCUCGACGACAACGUCGAGCGCUGCUGGGCGAUCGACAUCGACCCUGACUCCGUCGCGCCACGCACUGGCGUGGACGGCGUGGUGAAGCUGCGCGAGUGCGGUUUCGCCACCGUCAUGCAAGGCAUGGAGCUGCUGCUCGACCGCGGUGACAAGGACAACGUCGACGAGCAGCUGCCGCUCGUCUCGGCGGCCGCCACCGAGCACAUCACCUUCGAUGCCGAGACUGAGCGGGGGAAAUCGCCACCUCGCCGUGCCCUCGCGAACAGCGGCUCGGCGCCGCUCGUGAUCCGAGGAGGAGGCGGCCCCGCCGCCGUCGACCCCGCGCCGCUGGGCUCUCUUCGCCAGUACAGCGGCGAUAAGCUCGCAUACGGCAUCCUCGGCAUGCAGCGCGACGACCCUCGCAACCGGCUGCGGCAGCGGCGCGGCUUCCUGGCGACUCACUCCGUCUACUCGUUCUUCUUGCUCAACGUGCGCGCCACGCUGGACAAGGGCGUCCUCUAUCCGGCCAAGGCAAUCUGGGAGGACGUCGAGUUUCUGCACAUGGUCGACGAGGCCGGUCUGGCCAUCUGCAAGUUCAGCCGCUACAUUCACAAGAAGCGCCACUUGCGCCGCGACGUUGAGCCAAAGCCCGACGGCCCCGACGACGGCUCCGACACCGACACCGACACCGACAUCGACCCGCCGUUGCCACGGCUGGAGGAGAUGUUGAAGGAGGAGCAGUACGGCAUGAUACACAAGGGCCAGGGCUGGCCAUGCCCGCGGCUCAUCUCCCCGGACGAUGCCCACGAAUGGCUGGAUGCAGCCUCGGUAAAGCCGCUUCUUGAUGAGCACCAGGCGUCGCCAGAUGCGGCGCACUCUGCGCUUGUGGCACUCCAAGUCCCGGAGGACGGGCUGGCCCCCUCCUUUGAGGAGAUGAUCGACCUUUUGAACCGGCUCAAUACGCAGAAUCUCGACUGGGUCUUUUUGCUGGUGCAAGUCCAGAGUGUUGCGAGCGACGGCGACGGCGAUGAGUUCACGCCAUCAGUUCAGGCGCUGCUCUACCGCAUGCCUGAUCUUUCUGCGACGGCGGUGGAAGCUGUGUCGGUCGGUGCUGUGCACGGGUAUGUGGGGUGGAAAGCGCCCGAUGGCAAACUCCACCGCACCGUCGAGCACGAGGGUCUCGAGUACUACGUGCUCACACUGCCACUCAAGUCGGGUAAGGGUACCAAGCGGCCCCGGCCUGCCGACCAGGACGAUGGCGGCGGCGGUGGCAACCGGGCGACCGCUUACAUGGACCGGGUCAGGCAGGCGCUCGGGCCGGACUUCGAAGACAUACUGGCGCAGCACAGGCGUGACACGCCGAGCUUGAUCGCCCACGUGCUGCAGCUUUUCCACGGCCACCACGAGCUCAUCGUCGGGCUCAACACCUUCCUCCCGGCGACGGAGCAGCAGCUGCUGCUGCAGCAGGCCGGGGAGGCUGAGCUCCUCGCGAGCAGAGACGUGAACGCUACGCCGCACAAUCGCGUCGGAGGCGGUUUUGGCCGCGCUGCGUGA